GAUGAUCCCCUGGCUUUUUCUCAGUCCCAAGUCUCUUUCGCUGAUCAAACCCACCCCCCCUUUUCUCAUAUCUAGCUCCACCACAAAAACAAACACAUGUAAUAUAAAUCUACUAAACAAAUCUUCAUACACAUACAAUGAUACAACUAAUUAACCUAAACACUAAGCAAGUUUAGGUAAUGGAUAGCUACUCCAAACAACUUCCCAGUUUCCAACCCCCCAACUUCCCCCCUUUUACUGCUCCUCUCUCUCUCUCCCUCCUACAUUCCACUUGCAAUGCUCCUCCUUUGAGUAGUGAUUAAUCGCAAAUACUAUAUACUCUCUCUCUCUCAUUGUCUCUCUCCCUCUCGUUGGAAUGCAGCUUCACAUAUCGCCGAGCCUGCGGCACGUGACUGUAUUGCCGUCGAAAGGGUUGAGGGAGUUUAUCAAAGUAAAGGUCGGAUCCAGAAGGUUUUCGUACCGCAUGGUUUUCUACUCGCUCUUGUUCUUCACGUUUCUUCUCCGGUUCGUGUUCGUGUUGACCGCCGUGGAUAGCAUUGAUGGACAAUCCAAGUGCUCCAAUAUAGGCUGCUUGGGGAAAAGACUAGGACCAAGGAUCUUGGGAAGAAGGCUUGAACCAACUGUUCCUCAAGUAAUCUACCAAGUUUUAGAAGAACCCGCAAAUGAGGAUGAAAUACAAGGCGACGCCGAAAUUCCGCAGACAUUAGAAGAUUUCGUCGCUGAAAUGAGAGAUACUAGACCGGACGCCAGGACAUUUGCUUCCAGGCUCAAAGCCAUGGUCACCUUCCUUGAACAGAGGACUAGAACAGCCAAAAUCCAAGAGUACCUCUACCGGCAUGUAGCCUCCAGCAGCAUACCGAAACAGCUCCACUGUCUAGCUCUAAAACUAGCCAAUGAGCACUCAACCAAUGCCAACGCCCGGUUCCAGCUCCCUGCACCUGAACUGGUCCCUUCCCUCGUCGACAACUCCUUCUUCCACUUUGUCCUCGCUUCAGACAACAUCUUGGCUUCCUCAGUUGUCGCUUCAUCUCUCGUUCGCAACUCCUUGCACCCUAAUAAGGUUGUGCUUCACAUAAUCACGGAUAGAAAGACUCUUUCCCCAAUGCAAGCUUGGUUCUCUUUACACCCUUUGACACCGGCCAUAAUUGAGGUUAAAGGGCUGCAUCAUUUUGAUUGGUUUACUAAGGGGAAGGUCCCGGUGUUGGAGGCCAUGGAAAAGGACGAGAAAGUUCGGUCACAGUUCAGAGGUGGGUCUUCAGCAAUCGUUGCGAAUAACACUGAGAAGCCCAAGGUCAUUGCUGCCAAGCUGCAAGCGCUUAGUCCCAAGUACAAUUCGUUGAUGAACCACAUUCGAAUUCAUCUACCUCAGUUGUUUCCUAGUCUAAACAAGGUGGUGUUCCUGGACGAUGAUAUCAUAAUUCAAACUGAUCUGUCACCUCUAUGGGACAUUGACAUGGAUGGAAAGGUAAAUGGAGCAGUAGAAACAUGCAGGGGAGAUGACAAGUACGUAAUGUCAAAGCGGCUCAAGAGCUAUUUGAACUUUUCCCAUCCCUUGAUUUCAAAGAAUUUCAACCCCAAUGAGUGUGCUUGGGCCUAUGGCAUGAACAUCUUCGAUCUCGAGGCUUGGAGGAAGACAAACAUAAGCCGCACAUACCAUUAUUGGCUUGAAGAGAACUUGAAAUCAGACCUAAGUUUGUGGCAGCUGGGGACUUUACCUCCUGGUUUAAUAGCAUUCCACGGGCAUGUCCAUAUAAUUGAUCCUUUUUGGCACAUGUUGGGACUAGGGUACCAAGACAAUACAAGCAUCGCAGAUGCUAAAAGUGCCGGUGUUGUCCAUUUCAAUGGAAGAGCAAAACCAUGGCUGGAUAUAGCGUUCCCACAACUUCGACCCCUAUGGUCCAAGUAUGUGAACUACUCUGAUAAGUUCAUCAAAGGGUGUCAUAUCAGGGCAUCUUAAUAUGGAUUUUGAGAGGAAAUUGUUACCCGUAAUGCUGAUGAAGAAUGCACUUUCAUAUGAACAACCGAAAGCAGGAGAGAGUUCUUCACAAAUCCAGGAGGGGAGAUGAUGAGAGCACCAGGCUUCGCGGUUUAUGAACUCAACUGUGUUCUUUGCUUUAUAUUUCUUUUAUUUUUUGAGAAGAGAGUGUAGUUUUUCAACCUUUUGGUUAUCCACGCAGGUAAUGUAUAAUGGUACUGUAAAUAAACUCAUAAGAUGCAAGAUGGGAGACACCCUCAUUUUUGUUUCCUCCAUGAGAACUACUUUAGACCAGAGUUAAGGUGCAAGAAGUAUAUAUUUUUUCGCAAUUUUGCAAUAA